UGUUUUUAUGUUUUUUUUGUUGUUUUUUUUUUGUUUUUUUGUUUUUACGUGAUCGUUUAGAAAUAGCGUUCAUCUCACUUCCCCUGCGCAGAUCCAAAAGGCGUUGUCUUGUGAAUUGGCGUGUGUUUAUUAGCUUUUUGGUCGUUUUUUUUGUUUUUACCAACAAAAUGUUGUCGAAGUGGAAAUGUGCGGAGGGCUGACCGAGGAGAAGCAGGCUGAUGAAGCAGUUCAGAACAUCUGUGAUGCAAUGAAACCUCUGGCAGAGCAGAAAACCGGGAGAAACUUCGAGGUUUUCACUGCAAAGAGCUACAAAACACAGCUCGUAGCUGGGACCAACUACUUCAUUAAGGUCUAUGUGGGAGGAGGCGAAUAUGUUCACCUCCGUGUUUACGAGAAACUCCCGGCUUAUGGAGGAACGCUCGAGCUGAUCGAUCUGCAGCACCCCAAGAGUCAGCAUGACAGUAUUGAGUACUUCUAAUGGGAAAAUGAACCAGCCAAAGCAUCAGUGCCUACAGCCUGUACUCUCAUUGUAAUCCAUUAAUAACCUGCCUCUUCAUGAGGGGAAAGCUUUCCUUGUUCACAUAUAAUAACAUACUGCAGAUAAUAGAAGUCAGACAAAGUGGAUCAUGUUUUAUACAAAGUGCUUAAAUAAAUGAUGCUGAUUUUUUUUCGGUUGUGGUUUCUGAGUUGUGAAAUGUCUGCAGCCCCGGGAGUGGACUGUAUUUGAUUUGUCACAUUGAAAGAGGGCCAGAAAAUUACAUAAUCAGUGAAGCCAAACACACGUGCCUUUCGUAAUAUGGGCAAUGUCUUUAGUAAAACUCAGCUGUAAGCAUGUCUCCAGGCUCUGAAUUGAAGGAUUUUAGCACACAAUGUUAUGUGUUUUCAAACUCACAAAAUCAUAUUUUACAUUCUUGUAGCAAUAACCAUGUGAGACUGAAGUUUAAAUACUUUUCUUCCCCACAUCCCGUGUGCAGGAGUCAAUCAUUUGGAGAGUUAUAUUUCAUUUAGCAUGUUAUCCUUUUUGAACGCAUAUCUGAAGGUGACCUAAAAUAAAGCACAGUUCAGUCAGAGGGUCUCUUAUUGAUUGAAAUCAACUUUUCCUACUUUUAGGAGAUAACUGAAAGUACACAUGAAAGGUGGUCAGUAGGUUGUCAGCAUUAUUUUAUUAGCAAAUUUGACCAUUAAUCAGUGUUUCUUUUAUCUUGUUACUGACGCUUGUCUUUGUUAAUUACAUCAAUGUGAAUUUUGUGGUUUGUUUUGUUCGACAAAGUAUCGAGUCAGGUGUUGUACUUGGUUUUUCAUAGGACAGCACAGAGUUCUGUGAAAAGUUUCUUUCUCACAUGAGCUAGAGCUAAAGCAAAAAACUUCAGGCCCAUAAAUGUUUUAAAAAGUGAAUGAAUAAUAUUAUACAAUAGUCAGGAUGAACUGUAGCACAUAAACAUUUGAUGAUAGACUUUAAAUAUUUGACUUUUAUUUGACAUGUAUUAUGUUUAUCCUAUAGACCAGAAACACUUCAUCAUUUGAAUGACAAACUAAGCAAAAGAUAAGAAAGAAGUACUGUGUCAGACUAAAAGAGUUGACUUUAGACUUAACUUGCUGUCGUCUGAUCUUCAAGCUUACUGUAUACCCAUAAGGGUGGUAUUUAUGUUUUUAAUUACAUUUUUGAGAAAACAAAAACAAAAAUAAAUACAUUUCCCUUAAUGA